GCUAAAGAAACCAGUUACACAGCCGCGCACUGGCGUACGGUCAACCGAGCGUGUAGUGAACAUACCAAUAUACAGGGUAUUGUGUUGUGUGUGUACUUCGCUAAGUAAGCCGGGGCAUGGCGGAUUAUACAGAAAUAAAGACGAACUGCCUGCAAAAGUUCCAACUAUGGGAGGACCCUGAUUUCCCCGCCACACAAAGUUCCGUGUUUUAUCAUCAAGUCCCACCUUUCCAAUUUGAAUGGAAAAGACCACACGAACUAUAUCUCAAUCCGAAGUUUAUUCACGAAGGAUACGAGGGCUUCGAUGUGGUGACCGGUACACUCGGUGACAAAUGGCUGUUAUCGUGUUUCGGGAUAUUACAUAUGUAUAAAGGCCUAUUUUUUCGAGUAAUUCCCGGAGUACAGAGGCUUGAUACUAACUAUGCUGGCGUAUUUCGAUUUUGUAUAUGGUGGUGUGGGCAAUGGGUAGAAGUAUUAGUUGAUGACCAGCUGCCCACAGUGCACGGCAAGCUGGCUUUCAUGCACUGCAGCCAUUCAGAGCAAUUAUGGCCAGCCUUAUUAGAAAAGGCUUAUGCUAAAAUGCACGGAUCGUAUGAAGCUUUGAAAUACGGGAAUCUUCACGAUGGACUUGUAGAGUUAACGGGGGGUAUAACAGAGACUAUCCCACUCGCAGAUAUAGAAGAUCCAGUUAGAUUGCACAAUUUAUUACAGACCACAAGUGUUGUUACAGCGUACCAUUCUGCAAAUUCUGUUAAAAAUAUAGAAUCUGGAAUACGCUACAGAUUGUAUAAUAUGGAAAGGGUAGAAACCCCGGGAGGUUACAUACACUUAGUACGCUUGGGAAAACCUCUAGCGGCCGGAGAAAAGCCUUUUAACCACCUGGUUUUAGACAAAACAACAUGGAAUUCAAUACCAAUAUCAGAGCGAGACCGAUUAACAUCUACUACUACGGGUUUCUGGAUGCUUUAUACGGACUUCAUAAGCAUGUUCGCCCAAUUGGAUUUAGUUCAUAUUAGUGGAGAAAAUAGUCAGAUAGAGGCUACUCUGGCAGAUAAACAAAAGUGGCUGAUAAGGUCUCAUCAAGGGAGGUGGAUGAAGGGAGUCACGGCCGGAGGUUGUAGAAAUCAUGCUGAAUUUUUCCACAUGAAUCCACAAAUUCAAAUAUUGGUUAGUGAACCGGACACAGUGUUUGUUUCACUCAGUCAACAUAGUAUAAUGGAACCGAAAGUUAUAGGCUUUAGUAUUUAUAGAAUUUCAAAACCACUUACGGAAAUUGCACCAUCCACGUUAUUUAAAAAAAUCAAGAGCUCCAUUAAUUCUAAAUACACCAACAGCAGACAAGUUAGCGAACGAUGUGAACUAGAAACCGGUGCCUAUUUAAUUAUACCUACAACCUUCGAACCACGACAGGAGGGAAAUUUCACACUCCGAGUUUGUUCAAUAAAGCAACACAAAGUCAAUUUAUUAGAUUGUUUUCCACAGACAUUAAAAAUGGCUCUGUUAAAACCGCCAUCUCAAAUAAAUUCCAAUACUUUUCAACUGUACGACUCGCAAUUUCUUCAAUUAGCAGACGAACACAAAACUAUAAAUGCGUUUGAACUUCAAGAACUGUUGGAGAGAUGUUUGCCCAAUGAUUACAUUAAGAGCUGCGCAACAAUAGAAACGUGCCGGCAAGUCGUGUUGUCUAUGGAAAAGGAUGGAUUGGGUCGUAUAACGUUAAACGACUUCAAGAAUUUAAUAUACAGUUUAAGAUAUUGGCAAGAAGUUUUCAAGCGAUAUUCCACCGAGAAAAUGGGAGUGUUACGAGUAGAAAGAUUUCGUGAUGCGCUCCGUGACGUCGGCUUUGCUGUGCCUGAGAGAGUCAUGGCCCUUCUAGUGCUCAAAUACAUGAGAAAGGAUGGCAUGCUGAGAUUUGGGGAUUUUGUAUCUGCAAUCGUCCUUUUGCAUAGGGCAUUCGAUAUGUUCUGCAAUAACUGCUCAACGAGUACAUACAAAAUGCAAUUAACAUUUUCUGAGUGGCUGAAGUUGGCUUUGACGUGCUAACAUUAGGAUUCAGAUAAGAGUUGCUGCUAAUACAGGUGCCAAAUCAGCAGACAUCGGUGCUUAGAAAAUAUAAUAUAAAACAUUUGUGAUAAACGAAACGAUAUUAUAUGAAUUAAGAAUGUACUUGUGGUGUAAACAUAUGAUAUGCAUUUAUUAUUAUAGAUUUACUAUAGUGUAAAUAUCAUAUUUUGAAUGUAAUCUACAAAAGUAGGACUUAAUUAUUAAUAAAUUGAUAUGACUUUA